AUGGAGAGUCUCCAGCUGUCCCAGGUCCUUGCUGACUUGAGCAACCUCGGGGCUGCGGAACCCGAGACUGCCACCGCCAUCGUCAACGCCAACAUCCCCAUUGUCAAGGCAGAAUUACCUGAACCGAAGGCUUCUGUACAAAACCCCCAGGGUCUGCGCCCGGCCAACAUGAAGCGUUCGUGGUCGUCGGAAGCCAGUGUACCCCCCAAGUUUGACAAGCUAGGUCGACGAAUCCUCAUCAACUCGGGCUCUCGAUCCGGCUCUGCCGCCAACUCAUCUCCCCCACGCGCUGCCCGGCCCGUUGACGACGACUUGGAGAGGGCAUCCACUCUCAUGGCCCUCUACGAUAUCCGCGCCAAGAUAAAGCAGCAGGACAAUAGCAGCCUCAUGAGAGCCCGCGAGAAGAUCAAUGCCCUGGCCGCCAAGCAGCAGGCUGCUGACCGUAGUAUGAGGGCUUCCGACGAGCUCCGGCGCCAUCGAUAUUCGUUUCCCAAGCCUGGUCUGUGA